AAAGGAAGGCAAGCUUAAAUACUAAAUAUUCUACCUCGAAUCCACAGAGAGAGCAGAGGAAAGUGACGAGGACUCGAGGAGUAGAGGAGCAUAGUGCAAGACCAAGAAAGGGUGAAGAGAUCGCUGCUUGAUGGCUCCUCUGAAGAAAUUGAAGAAGGCUAAGAGAAAAUUGAAGGAUUCCUCUAAAUGCGGAAACCCUUCUUCAGCGCCUAAGCCACCGGAAUCUCAGCAGGCGGACAACGACUGGUGGUAUAGCUUCUGGCACAAGAACUCCGACUCAGGGCCAGGUGUUCCUUUAGACGAAGAUGAAGCAUUCAAAUAUUUCUUCAGGGUAUCAAAGACUACCUUUGAGUAUAUCUGUUCCAUAGUUAGGCAGGAUUUAGUGUCCAGACCUCCAUCAGGACUCAUAAACAUUGAAGGUAGGCUUCUCAGCGUUGAGAAACAAGUUGCUAUUGCAAUGAGAAGGUUGGCUUCUGGAGAAGCCCAAGUAUCCGUUGGAGGAGCUUUUGGUGUUGGCCAGUCCACUGUUUCUCAGGUUACAUGGAGAUUUAUAGAAUCCAUGGAAGAACGAGCUAGACAUCAUCUCCAAUGGCCAGAACCUGAAAGAAUGGAGCAAAUAAAAUCCAAGUUCGAGACCAUAUUUGGUUUUCCCAACUGCUGCGGAGCCAUCGACGCCACCCACAUCAUCAUGACUCUACCUGCGGUCGAAUCAUCUCAUGAUUGGUGCGAUCAAGAGAGCAACUAUAGCAUGUUUCUGCAAGUUAUAGUUGACCAAGAGAUGAGAUUUCUUGACAUAGUUACUGGUUGGCCUGGCAGCAUGACCAUGUCCAGAUUGUUAAAGUGCUCUGGCUUUUACAAACUCUGCGAGAGUGGAAAGCGCUUGAAUGGCCCUGUCAAGCUCUCUGCAGAGAAAGCAGAAAUCAGAGAAUUCAUAGUAGGUGAUUCGGCUUAUCCUCUUCUCCCAUGGCUGAUGAUUCCAUACGUCGGAAAGGGGCUCUCAGCUUCUAUGGCCAUCUUCAAUGAAAAACAUAAGACUGUGAAUUUACUGGCUACAAGAGCUCUCUCACAGCUCAAAGCUGUUUGGAGUAUUCUCAGUAAGGUCAUGUGGAGACCUGAUAAACACAAAUUACCAAGUAUAAUUCUUGUUUGCUGCUUACUACACAAUAUUAUCAUUGAUAGCAGAGAUGCCCUGCAUCCUAAUCUUAUGUUAUCAGAUCAUCAUGAUACUGGUUAUAAAGAGCAGAAUUGUCAGCAAAUAGAUUCUAGUGGACAGGCCAUGAGAGAUACUCUCAGUAGACACUUGCACUGGUCCAUGGUAGAGACUGAUUGAAUUGGAGUUUUGAAUCCAUUAUAAAGUAAAAACUAUCAGCUGGAAGAAGUUUUGACCAGGUAAUUGAUAUUCCUAGUCAAGGAUUACUUUUGAUAAAGUUUUUUUUUUUUUUCCUUCGGUAAAGUGAAAUAUGCAAGCAUAUUCCAAGCUAUUCUGAUGCAGGCUGAUCAUGUUACUUAGACACUGAUCUUGUAAUGAGUGGUGCCACUUCCAAUCAAUGAGAAAAUCACACCAUUUUUCUA